UCUCCUCCAGGAUUUAAAAGUUCCUUCGUCCUGAAGAGUUCUGCCCCCCCCAACGUCCUGUCCCCGUCUCCCCCCGGCCAGGGCGGCGCCCCCCCGCCCAGUAAGCCCCCCCCGGGGUUCACCGGCAUCCCCCUCAACAGCAACGUGGUGGAGCCCCCUGCAUCCAGCCCCCGCUCUCCCCAGUCCCCGGGGGUGUUCAGCUCUCCCCAGUCCCCGGGGGUGUUCAGCUCUCCCCAGUCCCCGGGGGUGUACCUGGCUCCAGAGAACUUCCAGCAACGGAACAUGGAACUGAUCCAGUCCAUUAAGAACCUCCUGCAGAACGACCAGUCACGAUUCAACCAGUUCAAGGACUACUCUGGCCAGUUCAGACAGGGUCUGAUGUCUGCCGUUUUGUACCACCGCAGCUGUAAGACUCUGUUAGGGGACAAUUUUGUUGGCGUCUUCAACGAGCUGCUGGUUUUACUUCCUGACACGGUUAAACAGCAGGAGCUUCUGUCGGCCCACGUGGACGACCAGGCCACGGAGAGACCGAGAGGCGGCGGGGCCAGGAAGGACAAGAAGAAGAGUGCCUCCCAGUCCAGCGCUGUCUCUAAUGCAGCCGCGCUGGACUGCCAGGUAUGCCCCACCUGCUGCCAAGUGUUGGACCCUAAAGACUUCAACUCCCAUAAGACCUUGCACUUGGGGGACAACGAGGACUUCCCCUCCCUGCAGACCAUCAGCCGUAUCAUCAGUUAGCCCCGCCCCCCCCCCCCCCGGGACAAGACAUGAACACUGCCCAAUCACAGCCUCGCCUGUUGCCAUUCAGGGGCGGGGGAGGGGGGCGUUUCCACGGUGACCACGGCCGGAGAGGACGUUGGGUAGUGUAUUUGAGUGGCGAGGCUGGGGCCAGCAGGAGGUUGAACUGAUAUUCUGGUUGCCAGAUAUUGACCUGACUCCCGGUGUGAUUCCCGGGCUGGACCUGGACCCGACCCUGGAAAUGCCCUACAAGUACCACAUGUUGUGUAUUAAUAAUAAUAAUAAUAAUAAUAAUAAUAAGAAUGAUUCUAUAUAUUUAAUUUUUCUCUCUCUCUCUCCACCCCUCCUCCUCCUCUCUCUCUUCUGAUCACAUUUCCGUGAGGUUGAUACAUUGGUUCUUCUAUCAGGUUUGAUGACUGAGGAAAGAGUGUUUUAUUAAGUCAGACCCUCUACUCCUCCCUCGGAGACAGUCAGACCCUCUACUCCUCCCUCGGAGACAGUCAGACCCUCUACUCCUCCCUCGGAGACAGUCAGACCCCUCUACUCCUCCCUCGGAGACAG